AUGGGCAGCGUGCUAGACAAGAAUUCCUCUAGCGUGAGGAAGCGCAUUGUAAAGCAUACCUUCGAAGACGAAACAGGUGAGGAAUACGAGGGUAGCAAGUUCAAUGGCUUCGGAGACUACUUUCGCCGCAAAAAGAUUAAGCUCCAGAACCGUGAUGCGAAUUUGAGGGCAACUUCAGACAAGCCACAGAUUUUCAAGGGUAUCGUUGCGCACGUCACUGGUUAUACACAACCUCCUCUGCAUGUUCUUCAUCGUGACAUUGUGCAACAUGGCGGCGGAUUCUUACAGUACCUUGACUCCAAAACUAUGGCGACGCAUAUAAUCGCCUCCACUCUACCACCCAAAAAGAGUGUUGACUUCAGCCGCUAUCGCAUAGUAAAGCCUGCAUGGAUCACAGAAUCCAUCACAGCCGGCAAGCUGCUGCCGUGGGGUGACUACCGCGUGCUCGACGAAGGCCCUCGCCAAAAGGUUCUUAAGCUUGAUGACUCCAAAGGACUUUCACAGACCAGCCCAGUGGCGAGACAAGGAUACCGGGAACAGACGGAGAACAGCUUUUACACGUCACAGCUACGAGCCUUGGAUCCUGCGGGCGGAGGCCGCAGUCAAGCAGUCGAGCAUUUUCAGACACCGAGCCGUUCUGUAUCGAGCGAUGCAAAACUUGCCGAGAGAGGUCUGUCAAGUGCUAUAGAAUCCAACAACUUUGCAACCCCAUCAACGGAGAUGGCCAUGUCCGAUCCAGCAGAAUUUGCCCCAGAAGCAGAUACGCCGACAAAGACAACCCUCCAGCAAAAAGCUGAUUUGGCACAAAUCAAACCAGCGCCUCAGGAAUUCUCUACGGACAUGACACCAGAGGAGCACAAUGCCUGGCUGCUGUCUGAUCCCCGAUUGCGUGAAUCAUCAUGCGCAAAUCCAAAUUUCUUGACCAAAUUUUAUGCCGAAAGUCGAUUACACCAUCUCUCUACUUGGAAAGCCGAGCUCAAAUCGUCUAUGCAACGUCUUGCAACACAAAAAGGUCUAUCAGAACAAAAGUUGAAGAUGCCAUCUGGCUCGAGGCGUUACAUCAUGCACGUCGACUUUGACAGUUUUUUCUGCGCAGUGUCACUGAAGAAGUCCCCUGAGCACAUUGACAAACCUGCCGCCGUGGCCCACGGCACAGGCAAUGGUUCCGAAAUCGCCAGCUGCAACUACCCUGCGAGAAGCUUCAACGUGAAGAAUGGCAUGUGGAUGAAGCGCGCCAUGGAGCUAUGCCCCGAACUCAAGGUUCUACCUUACGACUUUCCCGCAUACGAGGCCGCAAGUCGAGCCUUUUACGAGGCCAUUAUGACAGUUGGAGGAGUGGUACAGAGUGUCAGCAUUGAUGAAGCUCUGAUCGAUGCGACAGCUGUCGUUUAUCACGCCACUGGAUCACAAGGAGUAGGGGUGGAAGGAGGCAGCGUUGAAAGAGAGCAAGAGAGAGUUGAAGCUAUGGCUUAUGAUCUGCGACAGAAGAUCAAAGAGCUGACUGGGUGCAAUGUAUCUGUGGGCAUCGGUGGAAAUAUCCUGCAAGCAAAGGUGGCUCUGCGAAAAGCCAAGCCCGCGGGGCAGUACCAUUUGAAGCCAGAGGAGGUUCUCGACUACAUCGGUGAUCUCAAGGUUGAGCAGCUUCCUGGGGUGUCCUACAGCAUUGGAGGCAAGCUCGAAGAAUUGGGUAUCCGACUGGUCAAGGAUCUGCGUCAACUUUCCAAAGAAAAACUUACAGCGGUCCUUGGCCCCAAAACUGGCGAGAAGCUUGCCGAGUAUGCUCGGGGCAUUGAUAGAACUGAAGUCGGCGGACAGCCACCUCGAAAAUCAGUGUCGGCUGAAGUCAGCUGGGGCAUUCGUUUCGUCACACAACAAGAGGCCGAGGAUUUUGUCAUCAAUCUGUGCGCAGAGCUGGAAAAACGGCUACUUAAUGAACAAGUCAAAGGCCGUCAUCUCACAGUCAAGAUUAUGCGCCGUUCGCUGGAUGCGCCACUGGAUCCUGCCAAACAUCUCGGCCAUGGGAGGUGCGACACUUUCAAUAAGAGUGUGCCAUUUGGGGUAGGGAUACACGAUGCGGUAAUCAUUGGUAAGGAGGCUGUAGCGGUCUUGCGAUCGUACAGGUUCAGUCCGGGUGAUUUGCGUGGGCUUGGUGUGCAGAUGACCAAGCUUGAGCCAAUCAAGCAGGGUAUCGCAGCAUCUGAUGGCAGUCAAAAGAGACUAGAAUUCACAUCGUUUGUGAAUCCAGCCUCGGCAAAAAAGAAGGGCUUGUUCGAGUCGAUUGACGACACUGAUUCCUUGCAACGGCCUAGGUAUGUAGAGAGAUCGGGCUCCUUGGAUGAUCCCAUCGCAGACGAUCCUCUGACUCCCCGGAAACCGAAAGCACAUCCUGCGAUGGCGCUGGCCAAGUCGAGAGAGGACGACACAAAGGCAAACACCCCUCUCAACGUUGGAGGGACCCAAUUUCUAAUUCCAAGCAACAUUGACCCAGCUGUCGUGGCAGAACUGCCCAACGACAUUUGCAAUAGACUGAUGGCACAAAGGUCCAAAUCCUCCACGCCAAGUGUUGAUGCUCAGCCUAAGUCUCGAUCAGAGAGCCCGGCAGCCAUGGACUUUUUACCCUCACAAGUAGACGCCGAAGUGUUCAACGCGCUUCCGGGAGACAUGAAGGCGGAAGUGCUGGCCCAAUAUGGCCGUAAGCCAGCGGCUCGGAUAUCCCCAAAGAAGACUACUCAAGUACAAAGGAAUCCACCCACCCCUACGAAACGAGGCGGAAUUCAGGGAUUGAUGGGCAAAGCACAGAGGCAGCGAGACGCGCGAGCUGGUGUGGUUCAGACCAACUUCAUGACAGGCCAGCCUAUUGGCGAUGGAUUUAUGAAUGAUGUGGAGGAGUUGGACCCUGAAUUCCUGGCUGAAUUGCCUGCCGACGUGCGAAGCGAAGUUUUGGCGGACCAUAGACGCCGGAAGCUGGCGCAGCGAUCCGGACUUGACGCGCCCUCGCGACGGCCAGCACACGCAGAAGCAUUAGGCGGCGCAUUAUUACCCGACCGUCAACGACGAAUCGAGUUUCCUGCGCGGCCGCCAAAGGUGUCAUUUGCCAACUCCGGCGUGAGCUCCACAGGGGAGAUUAAAGACUUGCUCGAUGCUUGGCACACGGACACGCGCAGCGACGGGCCGCAUCGAAGCGACGUGGAGGUAUUUGACAAGUACCUGAAGCGGGUGGUGAGCGAGGAGCGCGACAUGCAGAAAGCGACGGCGCUGGUCAAGUGGCUGGAUGUGCUGGUGGAACAGGAUGGCGAUGGAGGCGCAGGCCGAGAUGCGUGGCGCAAGACAAUGAAAGGGGUCCAUGCAACUCUGCAAGAGGCGCUGAGGAAGCGCGGUCUAGGGCCUGUGUAA